GCUCGCGUCCACAGCCGCUGGAACGGCGCAUGGGCAUCGCCCUCUGGCUCGUCCCUCGUGUCUGCCCAUUUGGUGGAAGUCGAGUUCUUGCAGCGCUCGAAAGGGCGUUUGGGAAAAUCUUCUGAAAAACGUCAACCUGGAGGAGCGGGCUCUCCGCACCCGUGUCCUGCGUGCCGUGCUAGAGGAACAAAGGGAGGGAAGGUGAUUGCUGCCAAACACCCCAUUCCGACGCCAUAGGUCAGCAUGGAGGUGGACCUUGCCUCCUUCCUGGCGCCGGCGGGAUAUCUGCUUGGAGAGGUCAGCCAACGCGUCCUGGAUUUCCUGUCGGUGAGAGACCUGAUCGAAUACGUGGCAUCAUCUUCUCGGACAUCCCCGGAAUGCGGCGGAGACAGCGACGCCGAUACCGCCGAGCGCGUCACCAAGGAAGAAGCAGACUACCCCGAGAACCCUAGGCUACGGCGGCAGCACCCCGGACAAGGGCGGGACUUCGAAGGGAAGCCUUUAUGGGGGGGAAGCAGCGGGCCUGCGACAACGGGUCGCAACUUGUCGCCCGAGGAGGAAGUUCCCCAUCGCCUCCACAGGAACAACGGCAGCGUGCAUGGUAGCACGACCGGGGCGGGAGACGAGGCCGGGGGGUGCUCACGCCCGCCGUCACCGUGCCUGAGCGCCAAGGCCGACCCUCGCCGUCGAGACAAGAAACAACAGGAGUGGGGAGGCGACGACGACACCGAGUGCUCCGACUACAACAACAGCAGCAGCCGUUUCGUCGACGAUUGCGGCAGAGCACCAGCAGCAGGAGGACCGGCCAGCACGCUUGGGGGAGAGUGUUCGCCCCGAACCGGCGGUAGUAGUGGGUGUGGCGUCCAGGUGGUAGUCGUGGGAGGCCGACGCCGUGACGCUAAGGGCGGGCUCCUUGGCCCAACGAGCCGCAGCAACAGCAGUCCGAAGAAGGAAUCGCGCCGGCGCUCGCCGAGCAUUUUCGGCGUGCUGGUGGGGCUCGGGCUGCACCCGUGGGCGACCCUGCACGGGGGCCUGGCGGCGCUGCAGGGAGGCGUGGCGCACUUGCUCGGGGGCGUCCCGCUGCUGGCCUUGCUGCGGUGGGCGGCGGGGGGCGCCUCGGCGGUUCUAGGAGUGUCCUUCCGGGUGGCGCUGCUGCCGUACGAUGUCACGAAGGGGGCGGUUGCUUACGUGGUGGGGUCGCUUGAGGCCAUGCUGAACAUCGCUACGGAGAUUUGGUGUGAGCUGCGCCAUCUUAGCCUGGCUGAGCUCGCAGUCGUGAUAUCGUGCGUGGUCACCGGAAACCCUCUGCCGGACUUUCUUCUCGACCCGGACUACGAAAGCGGUGACAGCGGCGGCUCGAGCUACGGUGGAGGAGGCGGCAGGCUCGGCAACUCCCGCCGCAUCUUCUCGCGGUCGUCUCGAGGAAGUCCUGGCUUGGAGUCCAGCGGGGGGGGCGGGUUCCUGUCGGACUACCCACGAGGGGCCAGCUCCGCGGGAUAUCCCGACGACGAGUUCUACCGCUCCGGGGGCGCAAGCGGCACCCGCGUCGCCUGGCAGCAGGCUCACGCGAUGCGGCGGCGCCUCGACCGCGUCAACCGGACUGCAUCACUGGUGUCGUAUGAGGAGAGGGCCGAGAGCGCGGUGCCCAGGGCGAAGGCACAGCGGGUCCGUCGGCGCAUGCACUACGCCAUGUCUCUGCAGUGCUUCCAGGCCACCGUUACAAAGGACGGGCAGCACCCGGUGGGCGCCGGCAGCGACGCAAUCGGGGAGGACGGCGACGGCGAUGAUGACGGGCGCAUGAGUGCGGAGGGGGGUUCGAGCGCGUUCAUGUGCACGCCACAGUCCUUCCCACCGACGCCGGUGUCACGCGCGCACGUCAUGGCGCGGACGUCGCAGUUCUCGGACGACGUGCUUUUCCUUGCCCGCGACCACCUCCGCCUUGGGGAGAACCUCAAGCCCGGCGUAGAUGAGACGACGCGGGCGACGGCGGACUUCCUCCGGAGGCAGCAGCGACUGGCCGUCCUCGAUGGCAACGACGCCUGCGAGGGCAUCGUGCUCACGUGCGGGCACCACCGCGCCACCAAGGUCGGGCCCUCGCUGUACAGCUCGGCACGCGCCAUGGUCCCGGUCCUCCGCAACCGGCAUGUCUACUUCCAGGUGAGUUGCGUCAGGGAGGGUACUCUCGCCCCCAGCAUCGGGGUCGGCUUGUCCACUCCGGAGAUGCCCCUUUCCACCCUGGUCGGGGCCUUCAGCAACUCGGUCGGAUUCUGCUCCACUGGACAGAUCCUCAUGUCCUCCCGCUGGUACGGCGAGCCCGGAGAGUUUGCCAUGCGCAAGGCGGGCAUGAUGACCACGGUGGGUGUCCUCGUCUACCUGGACGGGUCUCGCCCCUUCCGCUCGUGGGACGGCGACAUGGUGAGGGCGCUCGUCUCCUUUAGCGUCGACGGCCGGCUCGUGCGAGUCGCCACCGGACCCGCCGGCCUGGCCCAGGCCCCGCUCCCGGCCGGCGCCGGCGCCGGCGCCGGCGGGGGCGUUCCGCCGGCGGCGAUGCUGUUGCGGCAGCAGCAGCAGCAGCAGCAGCCGCAGUCGCCGUUGGUGUACGGCCCGCAGCCGCCGCAGGAGCAGCAGCAGCCGGGGCUGAUGUCUCCAGUCAUGGCGCUGCCGCCACCCCAGCUGCAGCAGGCCAGCGCGACGCUCGCAGCUUCCGCCGCAGCUUACGCCGCCGCGGGUCCCGGAGAAGGAGGCGGGGGAGGGGGAGAACGUGUGCAGCAAGAACACGGCGAGGAGGUGUGUUUGUCGCCGCCGCCUCCGCCGCCUGGUUGCCCUCCCGUAGAAGAGGUUGCGCCGUGGGAAGUGGCCGCUGCUGGUGCAGCGGCCGCAACAGCAGCUACAUGCAGUGCGCGCUUGAUCAAAAAAGGAGGGGGAGGAGAAGGAGGAGCGGGCGCGUCCAGCGGAGCGGCUGCGCCAGCUUUGGGGAUUGGUCGAGGGGGGGGUACCAUGUUACCACCUGCUGUUCCCGAGACCUCUGCUGCGCUUGGACUUGCCCUCCCCAAGGACAGGGAUUUGUUUCCCACGGUUACCAUCCAUAGUCCCAACACAGAGAUAUUGUGCCGCUUUUGCGCGGAAGACUUGCUCGGUGUCACGAGAGAAAGCAUGGGUGCGCCGCCUGGGGCGCCGGUCUACGCUCUCGACGGUAGCCUCAUCAACCUUCCGCACUAGAUUAUUAAUUUCGCGGAAAUGUUGUUGACGAAGCCUGGGAAUCCGACAGUGACGCAGGCGUCUGGCAUACUUCAAGCGGGCAGAUUGGCCCUCUUGAGCGAGACAUCGUGUCUGCUCAAGAGUUGCACCGCUUUUGUCGUGUACAAGGGGGUUGUUUGACACGCAUGCCCGUACAAGGAUACGGGACGUAUCCUAUACCAUGCGGACCGCGGGACUGUAAGUAUCUUUUAGUAAUGUUCCCUUAUGAGGCCCCGUGCCAGUCCCUUUAUGAAGGUGAAAGCUUUUAUUGUACAAUGUACGGCUGAUGCGGGCGUACCCUGUCAGACGUGGGCUCCGAAGUGUCUAGUGUUUCAGUGUGGAGUGGUGGUGACGUGUGGCCUUCGGCUAUCCGGUGAAGUGCCACUUCGGCGUUGUCGAGUUUCAAGCAGAAGGUAGUUGCCUCGGGUUGGGGGGGUUGAUGCGCGAAGAUGUGCUGGUAUUUGAGUUCGCGCGUGGCUAAUGUGGCUGUCCGUACGGGUGUUGUUUCCACCAGUGAUGUAGCUUCAACAGCGCACCCUUCUCAUCGGUUGUGAGCUUUGAUGUGUGUUGCUUGUGUAUACAUACGGCAAGAAUUUAUCAUAAUAUUGUUGGCUUGUCGAUGCAAAAAAACAAACGAUACCUCAACUGCCCACCCGA